AUGGCUGGGGCAGUGAUUCAUAGCAUAUCGUGUAGCCUUCCCCGAAUGUUCCAAAACCUGUCUAUUGCCAGAACUCCAAGUGCCGCCAAUGCCGCUUUCAGGCCCCUCAGCUUUUCCUCCGCCACUUCCUUCAACCCAUUCUCCAAAGGACUGGUCUUGAUGAGCCCUGUUCAAGUGCCACUUCGGCGCUCUAUCGUGUGUGAAGCCUCGCCUAAUAAAAAGGCGGACUCGGCUGCUAAAAGGGCUCGCCAAGCCGAGAAGAGGCGCAUUUACAACAAGGCGCGGAAAUCUGAGAUUAGGACUCGGAUGAAGAAGGUUCUAGAAGCGCUUGAUGUUCUUGGAAAGAAGCCCGAGUCACAACCUGAAGACAUUCUUCCCGUUGAGACACUGAUUGCAGAGGCGUAUUCUGUCAUUGAUAAAGCUGUCAAAGUUGGAACACUUCAUCGGAAUACAGGAGCAAGGAGAAAGUCCCGACUUGCUAGAAGAAAGAAAGCCAUUGAGAUCCAGCGUGGUUGGUAUACACCUGCACCAACUGCAGCUCCGGCUCCCACAGCAUAA